GCCGCAUCUCGUGCCUGCCCUCGAUGACAUUCGACUCCACUCAUACAGUUCCUGUCUUUCUUUCUAUAGUCAUUGUUUCGCUCAUGCUCAUUCGGACAUCGCAACCAUUUAGUUUCGCCUGAUUAAACGUUUCUUCAAGCCUAACGGGAUAGUAGCUAGGCUGAACUGUGCCGUGCUAGAGACGUGAUGGAUAACCAAACCAACCAAGAGGCGAAAGAGCAGAAUGUGAAUGAGGUGCACUCGGAUGUCUCUAGCGACGAUAGAACCUUGGUCAACGAGGCAAAUUCUCACAAGGCAAUUCAAUUUGCAUUGAAAGAUUGGUCUCAGACUAGCAGAGGCUCGCAUGUGGACUUCAAAGAUGAAGAGACUUUGCCAUUAGAGCAAGGUCGCUUCCUCGGCCGUGGCGCGGUGGGAGAUGUCCAUGAAACAACCAUCCAAGGCUGGAAGCUAGCCCACAAGAGAAUACAUGUCCGACUUAAGAUUGGCGACAAAGAGAAGAGAGAAAUCAAAAUUCUGAAACGGCUUUCGCAUGUCCACAUGAUUCAACUUAUUGGUACAUACACCCAGCAGAAGGUACUCGGCCUCCUUUUGUUCCCUGUUGCAACCUGCGACUUGCACACAUUUUUCGAAGAUGUGGAGGCAUGGACAACAACAAAUUUUGAAGGUGCUACUCCUGAAACAAGAUAUUCAAACUUGGAGUCCUCGCACAAAGAGAGAUUGAACGCGCUCGGCUACGACUUUCCAACUGAGAAUUUGCACCUUAGUGCGUCACCGAUUUACUUCAAGGUUGGAUGUCUUAUAUCAGCCGUGGCAUAUUUGCACGAGCAGAAAAUACGUCACAAGGACUUGAAACCUUCCAACAUCCUGUUAUCACGGGACCGCCUUUGGUUGAGUGAUUUCGGAAGCGCCACAGACUUCACUCUGCUUUCUCAAAGUGCAACUGAUAACGAGCGCGGCACGGCCCGGUAUUUCAGCCCAGAGAUGGCGAAGUGGGAACCCAGUGGACGAGCAUCAGAUAUAUUCUCUCUAGGGUGUGUGCUCUUGGAGAUCUUAGUAUUGCAUCAAACGGGUAGUUUGGAGCAUAUCAGACGGAAUCGAUCUCUCGACUCGUCAUUUCAUGCCAACAUCGGCAGAAUCAACGCAUGGCUAGACUGGCCAAACAUGAAAUUCUGCCCUAGGGACCACCUUCUGCGGUGGGAGGUGAGAGUCAUGCUCUCGAGAGAUCCAGUAGAGCGACCCACCGCUAAAGAACUUUUGACUAGUGUCACUGGUUGUGACAUCGGGAGGAGGGACCAAUCGUCACUUUCUAUCUUUGGUGAAUGCUGCAAGGGCGCAUACCUCUCUCGUCAACAGCAUGAAGAGCAGACUUCGGGCUUAAGAGAAGGAGUUAGAUUCUUACAGAGAAUGCUAGACGCCACCCGGGAGAAAGAGAAAUCGUGGCAAGUCGAAAGCGAAGUGCUUAAUCAACAACUUCGAGAUGUAGAGCUUAAGGCGCGGGAUGAGGCAAAGCAAAAUGAACAAUUAGAACAGGCUGUAGGAAGACUGAAGGACGAAAAAAGAGCUUGGCAAGCGCACGCAGUCAAACUCUCACAAGCACAAAGUCAAUUGACAGAACAAUUGAAGGACCCACAAUCCACGCGCUCGAACUUGGAAAAAGAGCUCCAAUCAUCAAGACAUUAUAAUGAGGGGCGCAUCAAGAAGUCGCAGAUUCAGCUACAGGAUAAAACCGUGUCUACGGUGUCAGAGAAGCCAGACUCUGAAGGUUCAGGCUUACCUUCAAAGGGUGAGCGGUCCUUGCCGCAAAACACAGCCAGUUCCGCCGGUGGCGCCGCGCGGCAACGUAAGAUGAAAUACACCUACGAUUACUCGACCUCAGAAGACGAUGAAGACGACGAACUGCAGCGAACUUCCACACUAUCGACUACCAAUGACAAUCCUCCCGAUGUACUAUCCUAAAGCUCUAGUACACUUCCAAGCAACUCUGGCGAUAACAACAAUGUUCGUGAAUAGGUAAUGCCUCCAGAAAGGUCCAAAAGUUCAAACGUGAGGAAAUAUUGCCUGCGUAGCCGGAUAGUUGCUGCUGGUUUGGAUGAUACUAGUUGAAUAUCCAGUUGAAC